CGGUGGGCGACAACAAGCAAGAGGCGCGGAUUUGGUUCCAGCCAGCGCCGCCGGUUCAUUGUGCGGCACAUGAGCGACAGAGAGCGAUGACGAUAUGCCGCUCGUGGAGAUUACGACUGCCGUUCUGCGUUCGAAGUUGCUACCGUGCGAUUGCUGGGCGCGGUGUGCGGGCAGUCUAGCUGCUGCUGACAGGACAGGUCAGGCGGGCAAAGAGAGAGACAGGCAGGUGAUUGUGCAGGCGAAAGGCAGGCGAGGUGUCAGGCAGGCAGGCAGACAGACAAACGGACAGACAGACAAAUCGACCAAUCAAGACAGACAGAGGCAAGCAGCUAGACUGGUGGUGGGGACAUUCUAGCUGCUGCGGCUGCGGCUGCUGCUGCUGCUGCUGCUUCUUCCAUGAACCGCUUGGUGGAGACGACAGGUCAGGUGCGCAGAGAGACAGAAAGGGAGGCAAUUGCAAUUGCGCAGGCGGACAGGAAGACGAGGUGUCAGUGAGGCAGGCAGGCAAUCGGACAGACAACAGACAAAUCGACCAACCAAGCCAGACAGACAAACAGCUAGACUGGUUGUGUGGGCAUUCUACCUGCUACUGCUGCUGCUUCCCCCUGAACCGCUUGGCGGACCCGACAGGUCAGGUGCGCAGAGAGACAGAAAGGGAAGUAAUCCUGCAGGCGGACAGACAGGCAGGCAGGCGUACAAACGGACACACAGACAACCUACCGUCCCACAGAAAGACAAACAGACAAACAGACCGACCGACCGACAGACAGACAGACAGAUAGACAGACAAGAAGAUAGAUAGACAGACAAGAAGAUAGACAGAUAAACAGACAGACAGAGAGACAAGCAGAUAGAUAGACAGACAAACAGAUAGAUAGACAGACAGGCAGACAGACAGACAGGGAGGUUGGCUGGCAGGUAGAGAGUGCAAAGAUGACACCUCUAAGGGAGAUCGACGCCAUAUCAAGCAUUCGUACGCCGGCGCGCAGUCAUUGGGCGACUGCCUUUGCCGCUUCGCCAUAUCCGAUAAGAGAGCCGCGGAAGAGGGCAGUUGUUGUCGGGAUAACGUAUAGGGGCUUGUCAUUGCAGCCGCUGCUGGGAUGCGAGCGAGACGCUAUAAGCUUCUCAAAGAUCCUGGUCUCUGAAUUCGGCUUCAAAGACUCGGACAUCCUGCUCAUGACAG